UCAGACUCUUAUGUUUUUCUCCCGACCACAGUUGUUUCCAAUCACAUUAAGAAAACUGAGCAACAGAGAAAAGAAGAAGAUCCAGAAGAAGAAAGAGUGAGUGAUGGAUUCUGUUCUCUGCUCAUCAUCAGAUCCACGGCAAUACUUCGACUACGCUGAUGAUUCGGGAAUCAAUGAAGCCUGGGUAGAGGUCUCGACCCGCAGAUCCGGCCAAGGUAGCCGGAAGAAGCUGGAGAGGAAGAAGAGCCUGGUGUUGCUCGAAGGUUACGUCGAGACUACUACUGCUUCCUGUUCCACCGACGAUGAUCAAAAAGACGAUCUCACUAGAUCCAAGAGUUUGACGGACGACGAUCUCGAAGAUCUCAAGGGUUGUUUAGAUCUAGGGUUUGGUUUCAGCUACGACGAGAUCCCCGAGCUCUGCAACACUUUGCCUGCUCUUGAGCUUUGCUAUUCCAUGAGCCAGAAGUUCUUAGACGAUAAGCUUAGGUCACCGGAAGAUUCUCCGUCCGCCGCUGCUCCGAUUGCCAAUUGGAAAAUCUCUAGCCCUGGUGAUAAUCCUGAUGACGUGAAAGCUAGGCUCAAAUACUGGGCUCAAGCCGUUGCCUGUACUGUCCAAUUGUGCAGCUGAGAAAUUCUUGUGAAGAUGUUCUUACAUGAACAAUAUAUGUCGCCCAUUGUUUUGCUGGGGAGGAGAUCUCAGAACUGGAAAGAGGUAACCAAUCUAACCGUGCCUAUUAACUGACACUGAUGCAUUAUGAUUAUCCUCGUGAUGAAGCUACAUGUGAGAGAUGAAUGCUAGAUUGUUGUCCUUGUGCAGUGGUAAGAGACUCGUCUUUAUGAGAGCUCUCACUUACUGGUUAUAUGGACCUCAACUUACUGAGGUAACUAGUCUUUACUUUGUAACUGGAUCUACGACCCUCUUUAUGAAGGUACUGACAUUACUGCUCUCCUCUGACACUCUUGACUCGUUCCACUUUUGUGAAUGUGUGUUGGAGCUUACACUCUUAUGGCUAAUUUGCCCAAUUUGGUGAUGCUCCUUAAUCAUGUAUGAAGAAUAGAAUGGGAGGGAACGAGAAGAAAAUAGAUGAAGAUGCUGUGCAGAUUUAACAAAUGUUACGGAACCCUCACAACAAGCAGAGUCUUCAGAGUACCAAAGCAAUUCAAAUACAUAGCCGCCUAAUGAAAGUGGUGAAAUGUAUUGUACAGUUGUUCUAAAAUCAACUUAUAAGUUUUAUGUACUUGCUCAAUUACGUCUUCUCACAAAAA